AUGCCGAAGUGGGUCUCCCGGACAGAGACGGCAGUGCAACCGACUGUCGAGGCAGAGCUCGCCUUCGGUCACUACGCGCCGGCGCGAUGUUGGCAGCGCAGCAUCGGCGGAGGGUUUCAUGACCCGGCGGCAUCGAAAGGUUUCGGUGAGCCCAAGGAUUUCAAGCAGUGGCUGGAUAAUUGGACGAAGCCAGCGCCGCCACCGAGCUGGUCUCUCAGAGCGUCUGGUGCCAACACAAGCAUGGUGCCGAAGACCCCGGUCAUGAACUUUUCGCAGACAUCCGGGAACUUCUCGAUGGCUUCCGAAGGUGAGGAUGCCCCGACGAUUGCCUUUCGAGAAACCGCGAUGGCAUCGACGGGAGGCUGGACCAGAAUGGCACCAAAGAUGCCAACAUAUCCGCAUCCCAGUGGUUGGAAGCAUCAGACAUCUUUGCUGUCACGGAAUCCGGGCUUCGUCGGUACGCUGAGAACGCGCUGA